GGGAAGAAGAUUGCGUAAUCACCGGACAGACGUCACAUAUCCCAGAAUACUGUGCUACUUUCCUUGCGAACAGAAAUGGCGUCGAGGGCACCAGCUGCAACCGGCAGGCUCCUGGUGGGCUUCAGAAAGUGGUACUACAACGCAUGUGGUUUCAACAAAUUUGGUUUGAUGCGGGACGACACCAUCAACGAAGACAGUGAUGUGAAAGAGGCCAUUCGUCGGCUUCCAGAACCGGUUUACAACGACAGGAUGUUCCGCAUCAAGAGAGCUCUGGAUCUUUCCAUGAAGCAAACGGUUCUUCCCAAGGACCAGUGGACUAAAUUUGAGGAGGAUGUUCCUUACCUUGAGCCGUAUCUGGAGGAGGUUAUCCGUGAAAAUAAGGAAAAAGAGGAGUGGGCGAAGAAGUAGGAUGAGGCUAAAGCUCCUAUUUGAUGUGACGUCUGGUAUCUUGUAUUUAAGAGUAAAUGUAUUAUGAUUAUGAGUCCCUAUACCUAUUAAAAUGUCUUUUCUGACAAAAGUC